AUGGCAGACCCAACGGCCAUGUACGAGUUCCUCAAGCAGCCCACAAACGGUGGUGUAAAGAGACCACUGCCACCACCUUCCACCACUGCCAACACUACCACCCCUACCACCGCAGCCACCACACGCACCUUCCAAUGCCAUUUCUGCCACCGCAAGUUCUACACCUCGCAAGCCCUCGGCGGCCACCAAAACGCACACAAGCUGGAGCGAGCAGCCGCGAGGAGGCAAACCAACGGGCUUCUCCCGCCGCCCCCGCUGCCGCUGGAGCCUGCCCUCAAGCAAAGCGAGCCCAGGCCCAGGCCCAUGCUGGAGCCACUGGAGCCCUCCACCGGGCUCUUCUUCCACCCUCCCUACUGGCUCGAUGUGGAGCCCCUGCAGUUCCAAGCCACCCACCCUUACGUGACCGCCGCCACCCUCCCCGUUCCGUUCCACGCCGCGUCUUCCACCGUACCCCAACAACAGCAGGUCCUUUCCCACAAUGUCGACGCCUCCGACCACGUCAACCUCGACCUCACUCUCCGCUUGUGA